AUGUUUCGUCGUUGUGGUUCUGGUUGUUCGUUCGCGAAACGAUUCGAGAUGAAGUCCAAGGAGGUGGUUAUGACUACUAUGCUCUUCAUGAGGAUGAGGUUGAACAUGGUUAUCGCUCCUUUCGCCCACUAUCAUAUGGACCUUACUCUUCCGAGUAAAGCGCUCCUAAUCCGGAGCAAUCUGUUCUGUUCCCGAGCCGCUUACGGGGAGAGGGUUUCGUUAAGAAUUGUAGAGAAUGUUGGGUAUGAUCCGCCACAGCUACCAAAUCGUAGCUCAAUUCUGCUUACCUAUUCCUCCUACAAAGAAAUAAUUCCUCGUCAAAUAAAUCACUAUCGUGGACCCUACUGCCUCAGUAGCAGCAACGAAUGCUGCUUUAUCUGCUACACUGGCUACACCGAAAACGACUUCUCGCCCUUAAAAUCUCCCUCAGACCGACAACUUAACUUGGCUGUUCCCUCCCUCCUCCCUCUUCCCCAACCCCUAAAAUACUUUUUCCAUGUGCUCACGGUAGAUCAGGCUCCGAAUUUCACGUGGGGGUUACUCGGUCCCAAUAGUGUAACCAACGUAGCAUAUCUUGAAUGGGGAGUCCAAGCACGGGACCACAAUGAACAGCUCCUCCUUCUAGAGUUCGUGGUACACUGCAUUUCGGAGCUCGUACAGGAGGUUGAAGAAUGGAGACUUCGCCUCGAAAUCUUUAGAAAGCAAGAGCGAGUGCACCGAACAAUAAGCUCAAUUAAAGUUGGCCGAGUAAAAAUCCGAAAUCGUAGUCAUCGAAGGUACUGGUAUGAGUUACCCUCGGACCACAUCCCGGUGGAUGGGCAAUUGUUGGUGGUGAGAGUCUCAUCCGUACAUACUGUAUCGAAGCCCAUUAUCCAGUCAUCCAUUCAGGUCGUGGUAAUGUCGUUUAGAAUGUACUCGAAAAUCUCAGCUAAGUCACGGCAUAUUGCGCCGCCUACCUUAAUGAAUUCGAGCCUCUCCAAUUGCAGAUUGCGUCUAGCAGCUACCUCCGAGAAGGAACUCUCCAAGUUGCCUAACUUCCGCAUCGAUAGCACACUGGUGGUCGGCACAACCACAAUUUAUGACUUCUCAGCCCUGCCAGACACCACCUGUACAUGCGAUAACCAUGAGGAGUGGAAGUUGCCGGGUCGGUUAUGGCUGGACGUAGAGGAAGUGAGGGCAAGUCAAAAUAUGGGUAAGCCUGGUGAUUCUGAGUACAUUAGCACCCUUACACCCAUAAUGAAGCUAACCACUGGUGUUUGUGAACAAAACCUGUUGAUUUAUUGUAUGGGCCGGAACAAGUUUCUCUCCUUGCUCGCCCACCAAAAGAAGAUCAGGUUCUGGUAUCACCAUUAA